CGUACUACGGUUAUGCUUUCACACGAAGUGUAGAGUUAGUUUGGUAGGAGAAGUGUAUACCCUGGGGUGGUCCGUGACAUUUUUUUUUAUUCUUAUCUGUAUUAUCACCAUGUCCGUGGUGGUUCAGAACACGCACGGGUGGGUCGUAGAUGCGCGUGCGCUCAUUAAUCAGAGUUAUUCACCAUGUGUCCGAUGGACAGACGAACAGCAGACACAGGUCCAAGUCUGCUGCAGAAGUCAGUGUUUUCACAUCCUAAACAGGCAUUUCACUGUGAAUCUUAGUGCUGAUGCAAAGGCAGGAGACACGGAUAUGUUGCAGAAAUCUGACAUGUCCUGCAAACCAACAAAGAAAAGGAAGCGAAAGCGCAGUGAUCUUAACCAGGGGGAGAUUGAUUCCAAGGUUUUUCAUGAGAAGGUCCGGGAUUUCAUCAUGGAAGGAACCAAGUCCUUGGUGGACUCUGCCAGAUCCCUUCAAUAUUUGGGUCCGACAGAGGAGGCAGUACUGGGACCUGUUCCAUCCCAGGAGUGUGGCCUCAGUGCUCUGUGUGAAAUGGCUAAAGCGCUCCCUCUAGUGGACGACGAAGAGCAGGAGGCCUGUGUUCAGACGCUUGAUCCUGACUUUACGUCACAUCUUGACUUGUUCUCACGGGUGACGGAGAACAGGUGGGACGUGGCCACUGUGGUCACACUCAUGGGGGAGGAAUAUGUCAUACCACCACAGACGGCGUUCCUGCUUUCUGAUUUCACCCGAAUACAACCUCUUGUCCGGUAUGGAAAGAAGUUUGACUUAAUAGUUCUGGAUCCACCGUGGGAAAACAAGUCUGUCAAAAGAAGCCGCAGAUACAGUUUUUUGCCGUCGUCCCAGCUGAAGCAGCUCCCCAUUCCCCUGUUGGCGUCCUCUAACUGUUUCGUGGUUACCUGGGUAACAAACCGGCCGAGCCACCUGCGUUUUGUCCGUGAUGAGCUGUAUCCACACUGGGGGGUCGAGGUCGUGGCCCAAUGGUUCUGGGUCAAGGUCACCACUUCUGGACAGUUUGUUUUCCCACUGGACUCCGAACAUAAAAAGCCUUAUGAAGUGCUGGUGCUUGGCAGAUAUGGCUCCUCUGUAAGCUCUUCAGAUUCACCAGUGGAGGGUCAGCGUUUGAUUGUCAGUGUGCCAUCUGCUCUCCACUCCCAGAAGCCUUCACUCUCAGAGGUGCUGAAGCCUUACGUUGGACCUGAAGCCAAGUGUUUAGAGCUUUUUGCCCGUAAUCUGCAACCUGGGUGGACGAGCUGGGGAAAUGAGGUGCUCAAAUAGCACACAAGCUACUUCACUUUGUCACCAGCAGAUGAUAGAGCAGCUGCACCUGAAGACGAGGCACAGACGACUGCGUGACGUUCAAUUCACCCAGGGAAAACGCCUGUCCCCCCACCAUGACUGAACUCCAAACCACGUUUUUAGACCUAUCACAAUGCUGCUUGUACUUAUUUUUAAUAAGUUCAUCGUUCCUUUGAUCUCGGCUUCUAAUGGGAACUAAUUUCUUUUUUGGUCUGGAUGCAUUUUUGAGGAGUUGCAGUUGGAGAAUGAAAGUGCAUUUAUGUGUGUUUUUGAACCUGACUUUGUACACUGCAAACAGAUAAACAACACUCCAAGGUUUAAUUUGAGUUGCCUUUAGUGCAAACUUUUGGCACAAUAUGUGUCAAGAAGAUCAUCAAAGUAUUGCUAUUUUUACCCGUAUGCUGUGCCGAAUUGAAUUUCAAUAUAAAUAGUUUUAUGAUGAAUUCUGGUUCGAUUU